AUGGCUUUGGCCUUCGUACGUCCAGCAUGCAGUCACGGUGACAACCCCGCCUGCAUCUCAUACACCCAUUCUGAACUCAAGAUGGAAAACAAUCAGAAUAACGACAAUGACUUCAUGAACGAAGACCGUAUGCUGCAAGCCAUGGGUCUCCCGACAAACUUUGGUGGUAUGACGCGCAGCAAGCAGUCGUAUCGAGAGGAUGCCCAAACGGACGUGGUACAAGGCGAGGGGUCAACAGAGGAAGGACGUCAAGAGGGCAUGGGCGAUGAAGAACGCGAUUCAAAACGAGCAAGAACGCAUGACGAGGAGGACCCAUCGUCGGAAAAUCGCUGGAACGGUCGAGAUCGUGGAAGAGGGAGGGGCAGGGUCAGAGGUCGAGGCAGAGGGCAGGGUCGUGGUCGUGGUCGUGAACGAGGGAAAGACAGCUUCCGUCAUGCCCGCCGAGGGGAUACAGAGGGGCAUGGUGAGGACAAUGGUGAGGAGGGUGCAGGUGAACAUAUCCAGGGAGAACCGACACGUCCGACAGAAUAUGACAGGCACGUGGUGGAAGGCUUCAUCAACGAUUCUUUCUUCGAAGAUCCAUGGAAAGGUAUGUACUGA